AUGAUUGAGCGGCUCCGCUGCCUCCACCAAACUGCGAGCAACCCGAAUUCUUUUCUCUUUCACCAAGCACUUAGACAAGCAAGAAGUGAAUAUAGAAGGAGAUGUCGGCUGGGAUUGUUUUGUCAACAGGACUGGCUCCACUUGGUCUUGAUUGUUGGUGUGGUCUCCUCACUGGUCUUUGUCGUCCUGCAGAUCGUGGAGAUUGCCUUACAGGAGCAUUGCCACACGCCCUUCUGCAUUGGACAGCUGAUUUCUGCAGUUCUGCUCCUCCCCAGCCUCUACGACUUCUUCAAGUUCAUUGGGGCCUACGAUGAGUCGCUUCAGGAGCACAAGCAGCGCGCCGAGGACGAGGUGCAUGGCCUCAUCGAGUCCAUCAACCAGCAGGUCGCAGAGAUGCAGGAUGUGGCGGCGAAGCUCACGGAGAGCGCCACAGACUUCGCCUUCCGAUCCUUCGAUAGUAGCCGAGAGGGCUUCGAGAAAUUCAUCCUGGACCUCAAGCUGUAUUACAGCGAGCUCUAUGUGGACCAGAGCAUGCUGGAGGAGCUGCGGAGCUUCAUGCUGAAGUGGCUUGGCGUCUUCUCUCAAAGUCUUCUCGAUGCGGAGACCAACCCUUUGCUGCAGGGCAUCGAGGAGGAGUUCGGGCGCUGCGCAACGCUCGACGAGCUCUGUGAAAAGGUCACAGGCCGGCUCUCGCGGCUGAAAGUCUCCACGCGCCUGGUCCUGGCCCCUGCUGAGUCCUAUGUGCUCUCCUCGCGGCCUUUGGCCAUCGAGGAUGGCCUUAGCUCGGGUGCCAGCAGCUUUGCCACCCGCCCGGACGCUCACGCUGGAACCGGAAAGUGCGGGGUGUCUUGGUUCCGCCUGGACUGCAGCCGGCGCUUUGGGCGCCAGGUCACUCGGACACGGGACGGCAACUUCGAGAGGGAGUGGCCCUUGACCGUGGCCUUCUGCUGCGGUUCCUUGACCAUCCUCAGCAGGAGGCACCUCAACCACUUGCUCUACUUCGUGCUGGACGUGGUUCUGGUGAUCUAUGAGAUCCUGGAUUUCAGUCAGGUCUACACUAUUGCCCUAGUUGCCUGCAACUGGUUCUGCGUUCUAAGCACGCUUGCUUGCUUUGAGCAAAUCGACGAGAUCGCGCAGCUGCAGCGCCGCAUCUGCCGAUAUCGCGAGAGGAGCGAUCGCGUGCAGGAGCAGCACCGGCAGGCCAAAGAGAACUGGGCCAAGGUACAGCAGCUGCACGAUCUGUGGAACUACCGUACGCAGCCCUUCCUGAGCAUUUGUGGCAAAAUCCAUCGGGCUUUGGAUAACAAGGACCGCGAGGAUGCGAGGGCACUGGAACUAGCACGGCGCCGUGGCGAAGAGCCCGAAGUCAGCGAGGAGCGUCGUUUGGAAUGGCUGCGGCGCGCGAAUCAGUCCUUGGAGUGCCUUGACCAGAAGCUGGGCCGUGUCCAGAAUUGGACCAAAGAAGGUCAAGCUCCCCUCUCCAAGGAGUGGAAGGAGACCAUCGGACGGCAGCUUCGUGAAGCUGAGCGCACAGAGCAGGCCGUCCUGCCGAUUCUCACCAGCGACCUGCGGCAAAUCGAGGAUGUGAAAUCAGGCGUGCGCCUUCUCCGACGCCGCCCCUGGCAACGUCGCCGCGGAAGGCAAGCAGCUGACCGCUGCGAUGGAAAGAAGAUUUCCGACUCCAAAGUAGCGCAGCGUUCACGCAGCUUUGCUGUCACCGUGCGCGAUGUGGUCAAUGUGGAACAGUGGAACAGUGGACAGCCUUGGACUUCAAAGCAGAGGAGGACUGCCUCCGCGUCGGCCGAGACCCUGCCAGUGAGGCCAGGGGUCUCCUGGGCCCAUGCGGAGCUGCGGCUUGGGCCCUCUGGGACUUUGUGCAUUCGGGACCUGUCCUCGAAUGGAACUGGCCUCAAGGAUGGCGCGGGGGGCAUCGCAAGGGUGAAGCGCGGCGUGGAUGUGGAGGUGCCUGCGAACAGCCUGGUAGUGCUGCCGCUCAAAAUCAAGGCUGCCACCAAUGCUCUGGAAUCUCGAAUGUGCUUUGCCGUUGAGCUCAGUGAAGAGCCGGAUCCCAUGGAGGAAGAGCUGAAGGCACAGCUGAAGGCGCAGGCGCAGAUGGCCCGGGAGGUGCAGGCGCUAGCGUUGCAGGAGAAAGAACUGAAAGAGAGGCAGGAACGGGAACGGCUGCAGCAAGAGGCCCAAGCGCCAGCAUCCCAGCCGCAGCCCGAACAACCCGAGCAACCGCACUACCAGAAGCAAAAGAGCGGAGAAGCGCCAGAAGGUUCUGGGACACCGGAGAAAGCGCCAGCACUGCCAGAAGCAGAGGAAGAGGCGCCGGUGGAGGAGAGACGGAAGAGGCCAAAGAAGUCAAAGGAGCGUGCCGUCAGUGAGAAGCGUAGCCGACCAGGCUCGCGGCGCAGCAGUCGCGGGAGCCGUGGUAGUCCGCGAAGGAGCCAGCGGGAAGACCGCACCAGAGACCGACGUGGUGAUCGUCGUGGAGACCGAGACCGACGUGAUCGCCGGGACCGCCGAGACCGCCGCGAGCGAGGGAGGCCCUCGCGCUCGCGCUCCCGCCGCUCUCGCUCCCGGCGCUCCCGCUCAGCCCGCUCAGCGCGCAGGUCUCCAGCCCGGGAGAAGCGUCCUGUGAAGACCAAUUUCAGCAGCACGCCCGCCUCACCAGCGCUGCCACAAGACUUGAUCAAGGACUUGAAGGCAGACGAGCCGCUCCCCGCUGCAGGUGCCCCGCAGGUGCCUGUGGCAGCUGCUACCCCGAAAUCGACUCCAGGCAUUCCAAAGUCGACUCCGGCUCCAGUCCCCGUCCCUGGCCGGCCCAGCCUCCCUCCGACACUUGCUUCUUCAAGCUUUGGAUCUUCGACUUCGGGCUUCGGCGUUUUCAACGCUGCUCCCAGCUCAGCGCCAAAGGCUCCGCCGGGACCCUUGAACUUGGCCGAGGCCGCCGCCAAAGCUGCGGCAGCGCUGAUGGCCAAGGAGGCUCCACGUGCUGCCCUGCCUGGGCCAUUGGGCCUUAGGCCCCUCACGGCACUGACGGGCCCUUUGGGCUCCGUAGGGCCUCGGCCGAGUCGGGAGGAGGUGAAGCAAAGCUUCGAGGUGGGCUCGGACGUCCAAGUCCUGAGCCAGGGGCAGUGGAAGAUUGGCACGGUGCUGGCGGAGACCGCCACGGGCUUCCUCGUGCUCACGGACAUGGAGCAGCUGGAGGUUCCGGCCACGAGCGUGCGGAAGCCCGGGAUCGCGGGGCCGGGGCUCGCGGCCGGAACCACGCCCUCGGUCUCGGCUUUGAGGCCGGGCCCUGUGCUGGGCGUCCAGGCACCGGUUUCGUCCUCCGUGUUCACCCGCGCGGUCGGGCCUCGCCCU